AUGACGUCAACAGUACAGUCACCACUGUAUUCACGGGUAUUUUCAGCAGUGUUCUAUGGAGUUAUCUCUGUGCUCAUUGUGUUUGUCAACAAAAUUCUACUGACAAAUUAUAAAUUUCCGUCAUUUCUGUUCGUUGGAGUUGGACAAAUGAUGGCUACAAUUCUAAUUCUAUUCUUUGCCAAAAUGUUCCGAAUUGUUCAAUUUCCAUCACUUGACUCAUCAAUUCCUCGGAAGAUUAUGCCUCUUCCACUUCUUUAUUUCUUCAAUUUGAUCUCCGGACUCGGCGGAACGCAGAUGAUCAACCUUCCAAUGUUCACAGUUCUCCGCCGUUUUUCAAUUUUGAUGACGAUGAUCUUGGAGUUUUAUAUUUUGAAUGUAAAAGCUUCAAAGGCCGUAAAGAUUUCCGUUGGUUUGAUGAUCGGUGGAAGUUUCAUUGCAGCCAUCUAUGAUCUCAGUUUUGAUGCUCUUGGAUAUACUAUGAUCUUCAUUAACAAUAUUUGCACUGCUGCAUUGGGAGUAUAUACGAAACAAAAACUCGAUGCAAAGGAUCUUGGAAAGUAUGGAUUAAUGUUCUACAAUUGUCUGUUCAUGCUUCUUCCCGCUCUAUGCGUUGUUCAAUACACUGGUGAUCUGGAUCGUGCCUACUCUUUCAUGCUUUCUGACUCGAUGACAUCAUCUGUCUGGACUUGUUUCUUAUUAUCAUGCAUCUGCGGAUUUGUUCUCAAUUAUUCACUUGUUCUAUGCACUCAUCACAAUUCGGCUCUUACUACAACCUGCGUUGGUCCAAUCAAAAAUCUUUUUGUUACAUACGUUGGAAUGUUCUCUAGUGGAGAUUAUGUGUUCCAGUGGGCUAACUUUACUGGAAUCAAUGUCAGCGUAUUUGGCAGCAUUCUUUACACAUAUGUCACUUUCCGUUCCAAAUCAACGACGAUUUCCUACAAACCACUACCAAUGACAAUGCCAAUUGAUGUGCACAAGCCAAGGAACUGAGUAGAAAAUGUUCAAAUUUAAAUUUAUGUAGCAAUAUUUCAAUUCUUACAUUUAUCUAUUUAUCAUAAUUCUUCAUGUCGAAUGUUUCAACUCUAUCAAUCACUUCAUAGCUUUAUAACGCAUCCUUAUAAUACGUAUUUUGUCUUGCUAUUUUCUCACAAACAUCUGUGUUAUCACAAUUGCCUUUACCCUUCAACAACCGAGUAUAUUUCUUUCGAUGAACAAUGCCCCCGUUAAUUGCUUUACUAAUGAAUACUUUCAAUAUC